AUGGUCGGGGCCGGGCAGGCAGUUGGGCGGCACGUCAGCUUCCCGAACAUGGGGUCGGAGAAGCAAUCGCCCGCGGAGGACCGCAGCAUCCCGACCGCCGGUGGUCAAAAGCAGCAGCAGCGGGCGGGAUGCUGCAACCCGGUCAGAAAGCCGGGGCCGGUGUCGAUUGACCACGUGCUGCUUGCGCUGAGGGAGACAAUGGAGGAGAGAGAGGUCCGGAUCCGGAGCCUCUUCAACUUCUUCGACGCACCUGGGGCGGGGUACCUGGACCAGGCACAGAUUGAGGCGGGGUUGUUGGGGCUCAACAUCCCCGCCGAGUACAAGUAUGCGAGGGACCUCCUCAAGGUGUGCGAUGUCGAUCGGGAUGGACGUGUCGGGUACGAAGAGUUCCGGCGGUACAUGGAUGAGAAGGAACUCGAGCUGUACCGCAUCUUCCAGGCUAUCGACGUGGAGCACAAUGGAUGCAUACUACCAGAGGAGCUAUUGGACGCACUCAUCAAAGCAGGUAACUGGCGUUGCCAGAAUUAGCACGUUCAAUUGUUCACAUCCUUGGGUACUAUCUCUUUGUUAGGCUACCAUUUGGCUGACCGACUUGAGCCCUUGUUUAAUUGAUUCCUCCCAUGUAACACAAAAAACAAAAUUCCCAAGCAAACUUUCGGAUCACAAAGGCUGUAGUUGUUCUUGCAGCUCUCUUUUGUGUGGAAAUAGUUACACUCCACUACACCUUGGAUGAUUAUUUAUCUCAGUUAUCAUCUGGCCUCCCAUUGAUGCAUUAUCAGUACAUUUAGUGCUCCAGUGUCAGUGAAGGCGAUGGAUCGUUGAGCAUCAUAAAAGGCAAUUUUAUGUUCAACCGGUAUGUGCAGGUGCAAUACAGUGAAAUGGCACGUUCUCAACCUACACCUUCUGUUCAGGAUCAAUUUGUCUAGAUGAAUGUCUUUAAAAUAUUAUUUGAACUGUGCCACUUGCACUGAAGGGUAAGCAUUGUUAUAACUCAUUCACCUCCAGGACCUCAAGUAUUUCCUAUUAAGCGGUCCUUCCAAUUAAAUUCAGCCGGAGUAGACACAUCCAUCUUGAUGCACAGAAACUUCUUUUGAUGCUAUGCCGGCUUUCAUCAUACUUUCAAGCAGUAUAUUGGGCAGAUGAUCAACAUAUCCCACAGUUUAUAUGCUAGAUAGCUAUAUAGAAUCUAUGCCUUUUUCAUCAAUUUUUUGUUUACCAUCAUUACAAUACGGUGUUGCCUAAUUAGUUUCAGUUAUGCUCAGUCCAUCUUUCUCUCACCGGAAGGAAUCAUCUCAGCUUUAUUGUAUUUAAAUUGUUGUCUCUACCUAACAAGUUAUACCAGUUUUAUUUUCCAGGAAUUGAAAUUGAUGAUGAAGAACUUGCUCGUUUUGUGGAACAUGUUGAUAAGGACAACAAUGGAAUUAUAUCCUUUGAAGAAUGGAGGGAUUUUCUAUUGUUAUACCCACACGAAGCUACAAUAGAGAAUAUUUACCAUUACUGGGAGAGGGUUUGUCUCGUAGAUAUUGGUGAACAGGCUGUGAUCCCAGAGGGUAUUAGUAAGCAUUUAAAUACUAGCAUGUACCUUAUUGCGGGAGGGGUAGCUGGUGCCAUAUCCCGAACUGCAACUGCACCACUUGACCGCCUUAAGGUUGCAAUGCAAGUACAGACUAGUAAAGCACAUUUGAUACCUACAAUAAAGGAUAUCUGGAAAGAAGGUGCCUUUUUGGGCUUUUUUAGAGGCAACGGAUUGAAUGUUAUCAAGGUUGCGCCGGAGUCUGCAAUUAAGUUUUACACAUUUGAAAUACUGAAGGAUAUGAUUGCCGAUUUGAAAAGGGGAGAUAGAAAUGAGAUUGGUGCUUCCGGGCGCCUCAUUGCUGGUGGUCUGGCUGGCGCAGUGGCACAGACUGCUAUCUAUCCAAUGGAUCUUAUAAAAACUAGAGUGCAGACAUUUCCCUGUAAAGAUGGGAGAGUCCCUAAUGUUGGGAAACUAUCAAAAGAUAUAUGGGUGCAGGAGGGGCCUCGAGCCUUCUACAGAGGCCUUAUUCCAUCUCUCUUUGGGAUUAUCCCAUAUGCAGGGAUAGAUCUUGCUGCAUAUGAGACUUUGAAAGAUCUCUGCAGGACCUAUAUUCUGGAAGAUAGGGGUAGGUCUCUCAGCUAUUUCUGUCUAUAAAAUUCGACAACAUAUCACUAUACUCAUUUCUUGGUCACUGCGGGCUCUUCUUUCAGACACUUUUAUUAUUGGGCUCUGAAAAAUUGCCUUUUUAUGUAGAAACCGGCCCUCUGGUGCAAUUGGGCUGUGGGACAAUUUCAGGGGCUCUCGGGGCAACAUGUGUUUAUCCUUUACAGGUGGUUAGAACGAGGUACAUUCCAGUCCACUGAAAUCUUAUGUUUCACAAUCGGCAAAUUUUGUUACAUAUUUCUCCCGUUCUUAGAUCUGUGAGCUGUGUUAAUAUUUUACCAUUCUUCUCAGAAUGCAGGCCCAACCUACUAAUACUGACGCUGCCUAUGAAGGAAUGAUGGACUGCUUCUUGAGAACAUAUCAGCGUGAAGGUCUUUCAGGAUUUUAUAAAGGAAUUUUUCCCAAUCUUCUCAAAGUGGUGCCAGCUGCAAGCAUAACUUAUCUUGUUUACGAAACUAUGAAAAAAGGGUUUGCUCUUGACUAA